CUCUGGAGAAAAAAGGGCUAGUCGGCGUGUUCUGUGGUGGAGGAAAGGUGGCUGACGGCAACACCGAAGCUGCCUCCAAAAUCGGAGAAAUCGCAUCUCUUGAAUCUGCUUUGCAAACAAGGCAUUGUUGCAAGGUUUCCUGGAGGUUAUUUGGAUAUUUGCAAGGGGGUCAGAGAGUAAAAACCUGCAGCCAUGUCGCCUUUCCUGCGGAUUGGGUUCUCCAACUUUGAGAUUGAUCCCAGCCUGGCCUACCAUGAAGAGGUGCUGAACCCGUAUUGUGCCGUUUACAUGAAGGAGGCCAUCGACACAGAAAAGGGCCAAGUGUACAAACAAAAGAAGCCAACCAUGUACCCGCCGUGGAGCACCACGUUUGAUGCCCACAUCCACCGCGGUCGCAUCAUGCAUGUAAUGGUGAAAGAUCGGACAGCGGAGCUGAAGUCUGAGGCCACGGUGGCUUUGGACUCGCUUGCCACACGAUGCAAGAAGGAGAAUGGCAAGCUGGAGAUCUGGCUGGAGCUGAAGCCACAGGGUCGCCUAAGGAUGGAGGCCAGGUAUUAUCUGGAGAAAAGUGAUGCGGCUGGUCAGAAUGAGGGAGACCAAGAGCCCGAACUAGAGCGAGAGGGCCUGUUCGCCCUCCAUCAGCGGCGAGGUGCCAUCAAACAGGCCAAAGUUCAUGUUGUCAAAUGUCACGAGUUUAGCGCCACAUUCUUCCCUCAGCCGACCUUCUGCUCCGUCUGCAAAGAGUUUGUCUGGGGCCUGAACAAGCAGGGUUACCAGUGCAGACAGUGCAAUGCAGCUAUUCACAAAAAAUGCAUAGACAAAGUAAUCGCCAAAUGCACUGGUUCAGCCAUUAACAGCAAAGAAACAAUGAUCCACAAGGAGCGCUUCAAGAUCGACAUGCCCCACCGGUUUAAAGUCUACAACUACAAAAGUCCCACUUUCUGUGAACACUGUGGUACUCUGCUGUGGGGGCUCGCCAAGCAGGGGCUCAAAUGUGAGGAGUGUGGCAUGAACGUCCAUCAUAAAUGCCAGAAGAAAGUAGCCAACCUCUGUGGGGUCAACCAAAAACUGAUGGCUGAAGCUCUGGCCAUCAUCGAGAGUAAACAGCAGGCCAGAAGCACCAAAGAAACUGACAUUAUUGGUCGAGAAGGUCCAGUCGGUGUUGGCCAGCCGGGAGUAGUCCGAGCUCCGUCUGGGUUAAUAACGGGUGUACCAGCCACAGCUACACCUCCAAACACAAACAAAGAGAUACAGGGUGUUUCAUGGGACGGACCAGCUGACAUCAGCAGGUCGAUCACUGAGGCGCUGACAGAAGAAGAGCCUCUGUACGCUGUUCCCAGGAGGGAUCACCAACCCAGAUUCACCAUUGAUGACUUCAUCCUGCACAAGAUGCUCGGGAAAGGCAGCUUUGGCAAGGUGUUUUUAGCCGAGCUGAAAAAAAGCGGCAAGUUUUUCGCGGUGAAGGCCCUAAAAAAGGAUGUGGUGCUGAUGGACGAUGACGUCGAGUGCACCAUGGUGGAGAGGAGCGUCCUCUCUUUAGCCUGGGAAAAUCCUUUCCUCACACACCUUUACUGCACCUUCCAGACCAAGGAGAACCUGUUCUUCGUGAUGGAGUAUCUGAAUGGAGGGGAUCUCAUGUUCCACAUCCAGACCUGCCACAAGUUUGACUUGCACAGAGCAACCUUCUAUGCAGCUGAGAUCAUUUGUGGACUCCAGUUCCUGCAUUCUAAAGGAAUCAUUUACAGGGAUCUGAAGCUGGAUAAUGUGCUGUUGGACUCUGAUGGUCAUAUUAAGAUAGCAGACUUUGGCAUGUGUAAGGAGAACAUGCAGGACGACUCGCGGACGGCCACCUUCUGUGGGACACCCGACUACAUCGCCCCUGAGAUCCUGCUGGGUCAGAAGUACAACUGCUCAGUGGAUUGGUGGUCGUUUGGAGUGCUGCUGUACGAGAUGCUGAUCGGUCAGUCUCCGUUCCACGGCCGCGACGAGGAGGAGCUGUUUCAAUCCAUACGAACAGACAACCCUGUGUACCCCCGCUGGCUCACCAAAGACGCCAAGGACAUUCUAGUCAAGUUGUUUGUGAGGGAGCCCGAGGAGCGCCUGGGAAUUAAGGGAAACAUCAGACAGCACAAUUUCUUCAGCGUCACAGACUGGAACGCCCUGGAACAACGGCAGGUGGCACCACCCUUCAGGCCAACUUUAACGUCGCCAAGCGACUGCAGUAACUUUGACAAAGAGUUCAUCAAUGAGAAGCCCCGGCUGUCGUGUGCCGACCGGACGCUCAUCAACAGCGUUGACCAGACGAUGUUCAGAAACUUCUCCUUUGUUAACCCUGGGAUGGCUCACAUCACAGCACGCUGAGCACCCGACCACCAACCUACUACCUACAAACAAGCCACUCAGUCACAAUCAGCACUUACUGUAACUGAAACAAACUGCAGAGACUUUAGACCAUGAAUGUCACAAAACUCAACUGUAUCCAUAAACAUGAUGAUAACCACUAAGGGGGUGUCCUGGGUGUACAGCACAUACAACGCAACUGCGACGGGAUCUUUGUCGCAUGUCGUUUCUGUCCCUUUCCAUUUUAAAAUGUCAAACUAAAAUUUCCACAAUAUUUUAACUACAAAAGCGUCUGGGCUGAGACAAAUAGGAUAUACCAGGAUUGUUUACAUAAUAACAAUUUACCUGAAGGCCAUAUAUAGUCACAUAUAUAGUCAAACCUAAAUGUUUAUCACAGUAAAUCUAAGGCCCCAUCCACACUACUCUGUUUUAGUUUACAAACGGAGAAUUAAAACAAAUACGAUCUCCGUCCACACCAGCGUUUUAGCUGCAUUUUGGAGUUGAUCUCCGUCUACAUGAAAACGACUGUAAACGCACAUCUAUUGGCUGUUCAGGUACACUGGGCAUGCGCGUGCCGGUGUAAAGAAAAAAUAAAUACAGACGAAGAAGGGUUUUUGUUU